GCUCCUUUCCCCACACCAACUCAGUCCCUACCUUUCCCUUCGAGCAAACUCACACAACCCACACCACCGCAGCCCCCAACCCCACCCGAAGCAGCAGCCAUGGCCCCCAAGGCAGACAAGAAGCCGGCGGCCGAGAACAAGGUCGAGAAGGCGGCGGAGAAGACCCCCGCGGGGAAGAAGCCCAAGGCCGAGAAGCGGCUGCCGGCGGGCAAGACGGCGUCCAAGGAGGCCGGCGGCGAGGCCAAGACCCGGGGCAGGAAGAAGGGCAGCAAGGCCAAGAAGGGCGUGGAGACGUACAAGAUCUACAUCUUCAAGGUGCUGAAGCAGGUGCACCCCGACAUCGGCAUCUCCUCCAAGGCCAUGUCCAUCAUGAACUCCUUCAUCAACGACAUCUUCGAGAAGCUCGCCGGCGAGUCGGCCAAGCUCGCGAGGUACAACAAGAAGCCCACCAUCACCUCCAGGGAGAUCCAGACCUCCGUCCGCCUCGUCCUCCCCGGGGAGCUCGCCAAGCACGCCGUCUCCGAGGGCACCAAGGCCGUCACCAAGUUCACCUCCUCCUAGACUGACGGCGUGCAGUUGGUUUCUGCAUCUGCAUCUGUACUGUUGACUCUGCUUAUCUAUCUAUCCGCAAGUAGUGGUAGCAGUAGUAGCACCUGUGCUGGGUGAUUGCCAACGCUUUGUUGGCCCGUUGGUUGUAAGAACUGAAGUUGCUGCUUUGGCAUACUGAUGAAAUCUAUCUAGAACUGAAGUUAUCUUUUUAUC